AUAUACAUACGUGUGAAUGCCUUCGCCACGCUUCACGUGUUCUUACGGUACAUGAAACCACAGAAAAGAAUAAAGUGCAGAAACGAAAUUCGAUAAAAACUGUCUAAUUAGACUGUACUUUAUGGUACCAAGGUCCUGUUUUUUCUGCAGCUUGUCGUAAGGUUCUUCUUCGCAACUAUACGAUUACAGGGUGCUGCAUGAUCUCAUAAGACGUUGCAUUAUCUUAAAUACUUAAUAACAAAAACAGAAAUGCAAUCGACCGAUUGCCUACCUCAGAGUUCCGUCUACGUUUGGCCUUGAUUCGAAACGAAAAACGGAAAACAGAGAACAAUUUGGCAAGGAUGUCAGUUUAUCGAUUGAAUUUUCUGUUGCGAUUCUGUUCGAAUAAAUCACAAGAGCUAUGCGAGUGUCGAUCGACGUUGUCGAGCUAAUGUUCCAAAGGGGAACGAUAUUGCGGGAUAGCUGCGAGACCGAUAUUCUCCAAAUUUUAACGUGUUCUUCUGCAUUGGUGAACGGCUGGACAAGCUAUUAACAUCGCCAGGCAGUCGUAUUAUUCGUUGUCGAAUAACACAGAAAGAAAUGAAUUCGUUCGUACAUUUGCUUCUCAUUCUACUUCUUGUCGAACUGUAUUGUCGCGCAGAUGACAGAAAAAAUGACCGUUAUUUAAAAAACCUAGAUUUUAUUGAGGAGGGGAAGGACAAUAUGGAAAAUGCAAUCAAUUCCGACAGGCAAACACGAUUUUUCGACGAACUCGGAUUGAUACCACAAUCGUGUACUUACAAAGGUGCGACGUUCGAUUGUGGCCUCAGCAUCAGUUGCGUUCUCGGAGGCGGUCGUCCAGUCGAUCUCUGCUCCGGAGGACUGAUAUGGAGCUGCUGCGUAGACGACGACGAUAUACCAGAAAAGAUACCAAGACCAACGACUGGAUUGCUGCAAAACGCAACGUUUUCGUUAAACUUGGGAAAUCAGCAUCCCUAUGUGGACGAUGACGUUCAAAUCUAUGACAACGCGGCAAGACCGAGCAAACCAGCGUAUAGCGGUCAGAACGAGCACGGAACGAGCUACCUGUACGCGGACAUCGCGAACAAGCCGACGACCAUUUACGAGUCUUCACAGACGUGGAAUUACGAACGACCUGUGUACACGAACCGUCCAUCGGUUUAUCAUCCGCCCCAGCUUGAUUAUCCACAGGACGAAUACGAUGCCGCUUAUCCCGACGUUUCGGGAAUGAAUACACCGAACCAGGAUGUUACGAACUCCGUGGAUUACUCCAAAUACCGUGGCUGCGGUGAACUUUAUACGAGAAGUAAUAGGAUUGUGGGUGGGCACAGUUCUAGUUUUGGUAGUCAUCCGUGGCAGGCUGCUAUUAUUAAAUCUGGGUUCCUGAGUAAGAAGUUAUCAUGUGGUGGUGCUUUGCUAAACAACAGAUGGGUCGUUACCGCGGCUCACUGUGUUGCAACGACGCCAAAUAACAAUUUGAAAGUACGUCUCGGUGAAUGGGACGUUAGGGACGCGGCCGAACGAUUACUACACGAAGAAUUCAAUGUCGAGAGGAAAGAGAUCUCGUCAUUGGAAACGCUGCAGGUUCAUCCGCAAUAUUCGCCGACUGAUUUCCGGAAUGACGUUGCAUUGGUGAAAUUAUCGAGAAUAGUGGCGUUCAAACAACACAUCGUUCCUGUUUGUCUACCAGCGAAAAACUUGAAGCUCUCUGGACGAACAGCGACUGUCGCUGGCUGGGGUAGAACCAGGCACGGUCAAAGUUCCGCGCCAUCCAUUCUUCAAGAAGUUGACGUUGAAGUAAUUCCCAAUGAGAGAUGCCAGCGUUGGUUCAGAGCUGCUGGAAGACGGGAAACCAUUCACGACGUCUUUUUAUGCGCGGGUUAUAAGGAAGGUGGCCGAGACUCCUGUCAGGGCGACUCAGGUGGUCCUUUAACUAUGUCCGUCGAAGGAAGACACGUACUAAUCGGUCUCGUAUCCUGGGGCAUAGGAUGCGGUCGGGAACAUCUACCCGGAGUGUAUACUAACAUUCAAAAGUUCGUACCGUGGAUCGACAAGGUGAUGAGCUAAAUUUCAUGAUGAGCAUGAAGAAAGCAGUUUUAAAAUAAGUGAUGAAGCAACACAUGAUGAGCGAGCGACACGCAAUGCUACCAAAGUUAGCCACGAUUAACUUUUUUAGAAAAUGAUUUUGUAAAUCGUGUAUGUACAUAUCGCACGCAAGUGAUUUUCGAUAUUGAGGACUCUACGUUUCACUUACGCGAGUUGUAAACAUUGAGAAAGGUGAUUGAAUUAAUAUAUUUUGAUUAAAAUGAUUACUCCUGGACAGUGAACGAGUUAAAUACAUAGAGAAGUAUGAUUCCGCAACAUUUGUAAUACCCAUCGAUUUGAUUGAAACUUCUGUUGUCGAGUCGGAUAAGAAUAAAUAAUAAUGAAUAGGAACAGAUCUUGGGACUCUUGUCUUAUGCGCAUGAUCGUUGAUUAAUCAUGGGGGUAGGGAGUUGAGGUCGGGUCGGGGAUCGUUCUAGGUCACCCGAAUGAACCUGCGCGUUGAUCGAUAAAUCCUGUAGAAAAGGAAAUAGGAAUUGAGUGAUUACCUCCUCUUAAAUUAUCCGAAUGAUUCUGCGUAAAAAUCGAUCAACUGCAAACUACAUGUAAGGAGUAGAUGUAAAAUCGGCAAUUGCUCUCGCGGAUUAUUUAAUCGGCCGAUUGCACCCGACUAAUAGUAGUUAGAGUUUUAUUACGCAAUCGUAUGAAGUAUUAACUUGUUCAACAUUCGCUUCGUAUAGUAGAGUGCGAAUUUAGAUGGAAAGGAGGCACAGUGGGUAUUCUCUACUGCCUGAGCCUUGUUCGCAUUUACCUCCAAGUCCAGGAAGUACCUCCUCGGUGCUAGUGAUAGAAAGUGAUAGCUCUACUCGUACUGCACAUCUGUGUUCAAGCGCAGACUCGCCUGUAUUGACGGAGAAUUAGAUUAAGUUUCGUCGGUAUGAAGGGGAACAAUAAACCACGAAUUAAUCACACUUAAAUCGCAGUAAACAAUCGCGAGCUAUGUGUCAUUAAUUA